AUGUCAAUUCUCCUCCCGGGCAAUCUCUCGAGCCCUGACAUUUCAGGACGUAAAGGCCAGAAGAACGAACCGCCUCUUCUAAAUUCUUGGUUCCCCCCCGAGUGUGAGCCUGACAUUGGGGAAUGGGCUUCGAAUAUGGAUGCUGGCAUUAAAACAAAUCUAUCAAGUGAAGAGGAAUGCAAGAAUAUAACAUCGUUCACGCCCAGUCCAUACUCGUCAUUGGGAUUGGAUCAGUAUGGCACUGAGCUAGCAAAGGAGGCAAGAGUCUGGAAGGUUUACGUCAAGGAAACUGAUGCAUGGGAUGCCGAGCUGGUCGAGGGAUGGAAUAGAUCGCUAGAUGUGAUAUUAAUAUUUGCGGCUCUGUUCUUAGCUAUCUCAACUGCAUUUAUAAUUGAAAGCACAAAGGGACUAAAGAGGGAUCCUACCGAGAUAGCUUCUCAAACCCUGUUACAAAUAUCCCAAACUCUGUAUGCUAUAGCUAACAGUAGCGUACCAGCACAAGUGAAUCAGCCCACCAAUGAAACACAAGAAUUCGUUCCACCUUGCCCUUUAUUCCUUGUCAACAUUCUCUGGUACCUCUCGCUUAGUCUUAGUAUUGCCACAUCUUUUUUAGCUAUCCUUGCUAAGGACUGGUGUCAUUCUUUCAUGGCACACAGGAGUGGGCAUCCAUGCAUCCAGGCUCGUCGCAGGCAGCAAAAGUGGACAAUGAUCGAGCACUGGAAGAUGCAAGAGUUCAUAGCUAUUUUGCCUUUAUUGAUACAUAUUGCUUUAUUACUCUUUGCAAUUGGGCUUUGCAUAUACGUCUGGGAUUUAAACACAACUGUAGCUCUUCCAAUAGUCUUCAUUACUGGGACCGUUAUUGCUUUCUAUGCAACAUCCACCAUUGCGGCAACACUCCUCAACUCAUUUCCUUAUAUCACCACUGUAUCGAGAAUACUUGGAUCGGAGCUUCUUAAAUAUCUCUAUGCGUUUGUGGCUAUGGUAUUUUUCCUCCUGACUUGCUACCCCACUGCAAUUCUUUUUGAUGGACUGAUAGUUGUUGGCGAGCGCUGGGAGAAACUUAGCAGCAAACGUUUCCAGCGCUGGGUAAUGCCCUUUUGGAAUUUCGGCAAUGAUUUUUUAGAUUGGAUAUACCAGGUACCCUGGACUCGGAGGACUGAAGCCCCAUGUCAUGAUAUAGUCACAAGCCAGGCACUCAGCUGGCUGAUAAAGCAUUGUGAGGUACCUGAAGCGGUUGAUAUUGCAUUGCAGGCAAUUGCUGGUGCGAACGCACGACUCCCCCGCAAACCGCUCAUGGAUUGUGGAGCCCAUGUUGCAUUAUCAAGACGCAUAGCUUCUGGGGGUCCAAGUAAGAGCCAAAGGUUGAAUGACAAGUGCAUGUUGCUUUACCUUCGAGCACUGUCCUACCUUGGCACCAACAAUAGCUCUGAGAGCACGGGUGAAAUUGAAGCAAUGGUUUGGGAUUUGCAAGCUGAAAACGAACGGAAUGUAUCAGCUCUAAUCGCAGAUGGAAAGUUCACCCCAGAUGACCACAACAUUGCUGCCCUUCGAAUCGAUACCAUGGCCCCUUCUCAAUGUCUUAGCCUUCUCAAAGGCAACAAUCAAGACGGGAAAGAUAUAUUCGACCCUAUAGUACUGCUACUUCGACAACAUGCCAAUCAAUCACAUACAUUACACCCUGCCUCUCGUUUGGCCCUGGUCAAUGCCGCUACUACGUUAUGUGCCUGCAUUCCAAGUAGCAUGGUGCCAGAUAUCCUUGCUGGCCUAUCGAUGCAAAUAUUCUAUAAUGAUUGUGGUGAUGAGAUGAGCCUAGGGUUUUGUCUUAUCGCAAUUGCCUUACUUCAGGGACGACCCUCCGGUUCACACUAUCCGGGUGUGUACAGCAACGUUGCAUUGCUGCAUGCUCCGCGCAUUUUCCAGAUGCUCCUUGUACAUCAUUCAGCAGACAGGGAGGCUUUGAAGCGAUUUACUUGGUUUGGAAUAUUAGAGAUCCUUUCAACUCCGGCUCAAUACAAUAUCAACAUUUCUGAGACCAAGCAUGAAAAAAACAUGACAGAAGCACGGAAGCGAACAUCGUUAAUACUGGAAAGUCUACCUUUGCCAGCAAACCACAACGUAGCACCUCGCUCGGCAGCCCGGCUCGCCCUUCCAAUUAUUCAGUCUUUGGAUUGGGUCUAUACUACGUGCCUGGUUGGUGUACCAGAGCCAAAUGUUUACACAUUCGUUGUCGAGUGCAUGCUUUGUGUGUUGGAUAACCAAGUGGACAAGCUUUGCUGGUCACUAAUGUCAACCUUCCGCUUCCCGAGCCUCUCUACAAAUCUACUUAAAUACCUGGACGAGCGCAGCCUUAUACUGGUAUAUCAAAAGCAUCUUGAUAGCGAUUAUGCUGAAAUGCAAUUCUUCGCGGCAGCUCAGCUUUGGCUUUUAUUCACUCUGUAUCUUGAUCCUCCUGUUGAAACAACACCGGAACUCGAUCUAACCAAAUUGUUGGCCCUUCUGGAGCAGUCAUCAGUAAUUCGUAACGAUGGGCUGAACAUGCAUCAAGCCAAGGAGAAACUAGGCGAACGAAUUGAAGAGCUUGAAGCAGAAAUAUGUUGGGAAGAGGGACCUCCAAUGAUAUAUGGGCUUCGGGUUCUCGAGUGUGUUCUACAGUCCAGAGACCAUCCACUGUCCGACCAAAGGUGGGAAAAAAUUAAUAGCAAGUUAGAAACAACACCGAGAUGUCUCCGAGGGCUUGGAUCUUUUACCCUACUUCCUAUGCGCCGGCCGUAUGCUCUCAAGGAGGAACACAUCUCAAUAGCAUUACGUAGUGAUACACCUGAGCUCCAAGAGCUGAUGAAUGUCUAG